CUUCAUAAGAGUCCAGCUCAAGUCAAACCAUUAUCUUGGAGCAUUACCAGACUAUUCGACAUGCUCGACACAAGUAACUCUAUUGCUCUAACCGCCUUUAUUGUCUCCUUGGUCGCUCUCACAGUGACUCUCCUCCAGCUCCUCCAGCAAUACUUUGCAACAGCGCAGGGCUACAACCGAUGUUCCAGACGACUGAUCGGCGACUGGUCGCGCUUCCGACAUCGCCACUAUCUAUGGCGCGAGUUUCGGUUUGAGGUCACCUUCGUAAGACCAUAUAUCUAUCUUGGGAAUCUCAACCCUUCUCACCCCAUUCCGGAUGCUGAAGGUCAGACGGCAACAUGGCACAAUCUGUUUUCUCCCUCGCGAAGCGACCAAACGUGGCGAGCGAAGUAUCUUGGAAGGUCUAUGAGCAUAAGCGAGCUACCAAGGGAGUUGACUGAUGCCUGCACGCAGGCUUCCUGGACUCUUUUUCUGAAGCACUUGCAGGAAUACAACAGACAUGCUGCAAGGCGUAUGCAACAUGCCAAUUACGACCCACCAUCACCAUCAACAACGACACAUUCUCCCUCAUCGACUUACGGUAUCUGCAUCAAAUUCGAGCCCUGCACGUGGGACGACCUCCCCGGAAACCCUGGCACACUGACAGGCUCGAUGUCUCUCCGUGACCUGACCAUCUUCACUCGCCUUCUUGGCUUGGACUGGUCAGAUGGGCCAUUCCUGGGUAACUCACAGAGCUCAGCAUUUAGAGAAGAGAGUAAAUCGGGAACGAGCUUGUCUCCCAGAGGCAGCCUCCAGGCAUCAGGAAACACCCUCAUCCUCGCAGAAAGAUCCACUCCGCUGCUGCGCUACGAGCAACAAGACUUCACCCCGCCCCGGCUCCACCUCUCCCGCAGGGAGACUUUCAUCGUUCAUCCCGGGGCGGUGGCAAUGUUCUACGGACGCAUUCUCCUAGACCCGGUUCUCUUCCCAGCCCACUCCCAAUCCGUUGUUCUGGACGGUGACCAGGCCUGGGAGACCCUCUCCCGCACCAUGUGGCUCCCACUCCCACCACGAGCAAGUCUAGUCAACAUUCUCCCCGCCUUGUGUUCCGCGAUCCUCAGCGAAAAAGAUCUCUACCCAGUGCGCGUGCCGAGACCGCACCGGUACCUCCUGGGCCCGUUCACCCGACCUAAGAUCGCGAUGAUCUUCAAGCGUGGUGUAGAGGGUAUACAAUCCCAGCAGCAGCACCAACAGCAAGAAGGGAGUCCUUCGAGUGUCGUGGACGGGAUCUUAGAGGCUAUCAACGAGCUAGAGCAGUUCCCUCGACCACAACAACACCCUGCCCGUCCUUUUUUCACCUCUUCCUCCCCUCCUAUUACGACGACAACCACUCCAGCCCCCGUAACAGACUACUGGACCGUGUCGCAAGGCGCAUAUCCAGCCUGGGCCACAGACUUAGAAACCUCCCCCGAAGCCAGCUUCUUCAACGAGAGGGUCCACCACUGGCUAUGCUGGAUCCAGCGGGAACUCGGCCAGAUUGUCUCUCGGGAAGAUGAUCAUAUCGGACCCUACAGCUUCUUCCACUGGGAUCUGGUCUCCUCAUUCCUCGAGUUCAUCGUCGCCUUCGACGGCGGUGGCGAGGAGGCGGCAGCGCAGGACGACCAUGAUGAAGCCGAGCCAGGCACGUCAGAAGCCAGACCGACAAGGCAACGACAGCCACGUCCGCAGCACAAACCAAAGCAGCGGCCCCACACGAAUAGCAAGAACCCCUUCGCCACCUGGCGCCGAAACAUGCACGCCCUCUUCGACCACCUCCCCACCAUCGAAGCCCAUGUUCGCAGACGCGGUAGACGACGCGCCGAGAUGUGCGCCAAUGGAUACCACAUGUCCCCAACCACCGGCCUGGGGGACCAGUUCGAUGUUGUGGUUUCGUGUGAGGGGGUGGUGGGGUAUGACCAGAUUGGUUCGGAGGAGAUCCGCGAUGCGUGUCUGGGGAUGAUUUUUCGGGCCAUGUGUUGGCAUCGAUGUCAUUAUAUGAGUCCGGAGGAUGAGCCGUUCCGGUCCGACUUUUGUGGUAACAUACAACAGGUGGGGAUUGAGUAAGGUGACUUGUAGUCUGAAG